AUGUGGCCUAUUUGCAACUGGGCUGAGUGGUGGGCUGCUCAGCAUGCACAGCUCAAGUCACAAAAGAAGCCGGAUCCAGAGUUCAAGGCCCUACUCAUGCUCACCGUGGGCAAUGGCACUCAUGGCAUCACUCGCACAAGUGAAUCCUUGAUUUUUGAUCUAGGAGAGAAAUUGGCCAGAAUGAUUGGGUUGCCUCUCCUGCUACUGCUGCUCUUCUGGCUCCUGCCUCCAGCUCAUGCUAAGCAGAUGCCAAAGAUAGGUGUGUUGCCAAACACUUUCCAGAUUCAGCAAGAAUAUUACAGGCCCGGUGAUCUCAUUAUUGGUGGGAAUAUUCUCCUGUCAACUAUCCAAUACCUCAAUAUCCCAGACUUUAGUAAAGACCCAUCCAAGAUUACUUAUAGUCUGGGGCCCAUCCCCAAGAACUACCAGCAGUUCCUGACCUUGAAGUUUGCAGUCUCAGAGGUGAACAGGAAUGGGGAUCUUCUCCCCAACAUCACCCUUGGCUUCCACAUUUAUGACAAUCACCAGACUGAGAGGAAUAGUUCAUUAAUCAGCCUCUCCUUGCUCUCCACUCAUGGUCAAAUGGUCCCAGGCUAUAAAUGUGGCAUGAAGAACCCUCUGCUCUCUGUCAUUGGAAGUGGAAACCCAAAAUCCUCAAGGCAGAUGGCCUCCAUCUUCAGCAUCUUCAAGGUGCCACAGCUCAGUGUUGGCUUUGACUUCUCUCAAGGAGACAGAAAAGAUUAUCCUUCCUUCUUCCGGAUAAAUCCCAAUGAAAUUCAUCAGUAUGUUGGUUUAGUCCAGCUGCUCCUGUAUUUCCAGUGGAACUGGAUCGGACUUAUUCCCUCUGAAAGUGACAGCGGAAAACAUUUCAUCUCAACUCUGAUGCCAAUGCUCAAGGAGAAGGAGAUCUGCCUGGCCUUCCCUGAAAUAUUCAAUUAUGAUGUUGCUGUUAUCAAAGUGGCUGGACCACUUAUUUUGAAGAUGUUCCAAGAAGCUGAAGUGAUCACUCUGUUUGGAGACUCCAUUAUUAUUUCUAUGCUUCUUGAUUAUUUGAAGAAGGUCCAGUUCAACAACAGUGCUGGAGAUGAAGUCUCCUUCUCAGAAGAUGGACUGGGAUCUGCUGGUUAUGAUCUUCUCAACUGGGUUCUCCUCCCCAAUCGAUCUUUUGUCCCCGUGAAAGUUGGACAGAUAAAUCCCGGUGCUUCCCCAGGCCAGGAUUUCACCAUCAAUUCCAAUGCAAUCAUCUGGGCCACAGAGAAGGUGCCCAUUGCCAGGGAAAUCUCUCCUCCGAAAGGACAAAGAAAUACGGAGAGACCUCUGCAAAUAGGGCCGGAAGCAGAGCUCUUCAUCAUGGCAGACGCAGCUGAAAAAACUAAACAAAGACUUUUGAUUGCAGAUGCAGCUCACUGUGACCCUUGCCCAGAAGACCAAUACACGAACAAGGAAAAGGCCCACUGCAUUGCCAAGAAGCUCCACUUCCUUUCCUAUCAAGAGACCCUGGGAUGCACUUCAGCAUUUCUUGCUCUCUUUUUCUCUUUCAUCACGUCUGCAAUCCUGGUCGUCUUUCUUAAACAUCGUGACACACCAAUCAUCAAGGCCAACAACCGAUAUCUCACCUACGUCCUCCUGGUCUCCCUCCUGCUCUGCUUCCUCUGCUCCUUCCUCUUCAUUGGUCGACCUGGGAAGCUCACCUGUCUCCUCCGACAAACUACUUUUGCCAUUCUCUUUUCCCUUGCAGUGUCCUCUGUCUUGGCAAAAACUGUCAUGGUAGUUCUGGCCUUCAUGGCCACCAAGCCAGGGAACAAGACAAGGAAAUUCUUAGGAAAACCUCUGACCAACUCCAUUGUCUUAGCCUGUCCUCUGGUCCAAGCAAUUCUUUGUGCCACCUGGCUGAUAACAUCUCCCCCAUUUCCUAAUGUGGAUUUUCAGUCACUGAUUGGAGAGGCCAUCGUGGAAUGUAAUGAAGGUUCAACUUCAAUGUUUUAUGCUAUCCUUGCUUAUCUGGGUUUUUUGGCCCUCAUUAGUUUCACUGUGGCCUUUUUGGCUAGAAAAUUGCCUGACAGCUUUAAUGAGGCCAGGUUCAUUACUUUUAGCAUGCUGGUCUUUUGCAGUGUUUGGAUCUCCUUCCUCCCCACCUACUUGAGCACCAAAGGGAAGUUCAUGGUGGCUGUGGAGAUCUUCUCCAUUUUGGCCUCUGGGGUUGGUCUUUUGACUUGUAUUUUUUUCCCCAAAUGCUACAUUAUUUUAUUGAGACCCCAUCUUAAUUGCAGGGAAAAUAUGAUAAAAAACAAGAAUAUCUAA